AGCGCUGAACUCCCCUGAAACCCAAUUUCUUUCCUUGUUUUGGUUUGGAAAGUUGAAUUGAUUUCUAUCGUUUGUUUUGUUUGGGAAAUUGAUUGAUUGAUGUUUAGCUAGUCUGAAACCUAAUUGUUGGAUUCAAUGAAAGCAAUUCACGGUGGUGGUUUAGAGUGGGAGAGGGGUUCGCUCAUCGGCAGAGGUGGUUGUGGCUCUGUCUUUCUCGCCCGUUCCAACAAUUCCUCUUCGUUUCUUCCUCCCCUGUUCGCCGUCAAGUCCGCUGAGGUUUCCAAUUCCGAUUCGCUGCACAAGGAAACUGAAACCCUAAUUAAUCUCCAGCGCUCACCGUACAUCAUUCGUUGUUUUGGGAAGGAAACGACUACCAAGGGCGGUUAAACGGUCUUCAAUGUGUUCAUGGAGUACGCCUCCGGUGGUUCCCUCGCCAGUCUCAUCGAGAAAUCAAACGGUUUGCCGGAGCGGGAAGUAAGGCGUUACGCAAAGCACCUUCUUUUAGGGCUUUUGCACAUCCAUGAUUCCGGGUAUGUGCAUUGUGAUAUAAAGCCUGAUAAUGUUCUUCUUGUGCCGUCUAGAAAUUCCGGUACUUAUGUUGCAAAAAUUGCUGAUUUUGGGUUGUCAAAGAGAAGGAAAUCUGAUCCUAACUUGAGAGGCACGCCAAUGUACAUGUCUCCUGAAGUAAUUGUUGACGGUUUUCAAGAAGCUCCUUCUGAUAUCUGGGCUUUAGGGUGUGUUGUACUGGAGAUGCUUACAGGAAAUCCUCCAUGGGGUUCCGAUCCAAAUUGGACCAGUGAGGAAUUGCUUAUUAAGAUUGCUGAAUAUUGGGUUUUGCCAAACAUUCCAAGAGGAAUAUCUAAUGAUGCAAGGAGUUUCCUGAAAGCAUGUUUUGUGAGGAAACCAAGGUUCCGUUUUACGGCAGAGAUGCUAUUGCAGCAUCCCUUUGUGAGUGGUUGUGAAGAUGAAGACGAUCAUGAUGAUGUGGAGGCUGAGGAAGAAGAAGAGAAGUUAUGUUUCUUCUUCUAAUUGUUGGCGUUCAUCGGGUUCGAUUGGAGGCUGUCCUGUUGUCACUAAGAAUGAAAUCACAAGUUCUGGAGCAAAGGUAUUGCCACUUCAUUCAUAUUAUUGAUGGUUCUGUAAAUGUGCUGAUGGUAUAUACUAUUGUAUAUAUGAGAAAGUAAUCUUGUUGAGGCAUAGAUGGUAGACUCCCAGCUGCAAUUAAUUGUUUACAUUAGAAUGACAAAUGCAGAAAGUUCACUAUUAUGGGAGUUAUUCACCAGUGAGUGAAGGAUUCUUGUUUGUUUGUCACAUGUGGCUUCCAAAUGUAAUUAUUGUUUCUAGUAUGAAUGAUAUUAAUCAAAGUUUUGUGGAUUCAAGUU